AUGCUAAGAGGAAUCAUAUUACGGGGGUGGCCUGAAUCUAGGGAGGAGGUUCCUGAAUGUGCGCGCCCAUAUUUUGAUGUCCGUCAUGAGCUUACGUUCCAGGAUGAGAUGAUAUUCAAAGGCCAGCAGCUCGUGGUUCCCGCUGCUCUAAGGAGAGAGCUGCUGGAGAAAACACAUGCCACGCAUGUUGGAAUAGAAGGAUGCAUACGCAGAGCAAGGGACACGCUGUAUUGGCCUUGCAUGUCAACAGAGAUUCGGGAGUACAUCACGAAAUGUGACAUUUGCAUGGCACACAGCGAGGGACAAGCAGGGGAGCCCAUGAUGCAGCACGACUUCAUGGCGCGUCCAUGGUCGAAAGUGGCUGCUGACCUGUGCGACCUGGACGGACGAACACUACUGGUGGUCAGUGACUACUACAGUAACUACAUAGAGGUAGCCCGUUUGAGCUCAACCACGUCGCGAGCAAUCAUCAAAGAGUUCAAGGCUAUAUUUGCCAGGUUUGGGAUCCCCGAUUGCCUGGUAACAGAUAAUGGGCCACAGUUCAGCGCAGCAGAGUUCUCGGUGUUUGCCAAGACCUGGAUGUUUGAACACCGGACUUCGUCAACAAGCUACGCCCAAUCUAAUGGCAAGGCAGAGGACGCUGUACAGACAAUCAAGCGAUUGUUGACGAAGUACAAGGCAUCCGAAGUGUCCGAAUUCCAAGCCCUACUCGACUGGCGGAACACGCCAACUGCUGGAAUUGGGACCAGCCCAGCACAGCGUCUGAUGGGGCGACGAUGCAAGACACUACCUCCAGUCGCUGGAUCACUAUUGCAGCCAAGGUAUUCUACAGAAGAGGAGACGCGCAGGCUCAUUGGUGCCAAGGAGCGUCAGCGGCACUACUACGACAGACAGACGAAACCCCUGCCGCCCAUUAGAAUAGGAGAGCCCAUCCAUAUGCGCUUGCCGGGUGAGAAGACCUGGAGUGCUGGCACUUACACUAGGCUAGCUGGCCCGAGGAGUUAUGAGGUCCAGGUGGGAGCAGGAGUCUAUAGGAGGAACCGGAAGACAUUUGAAGAAUGCGGGCACAGCGGGCUCAAAUCUAGCUGCAGAGGAAGUAGUUCCUGA